CGAUCAGCCAGCCACACGCGAAUCCAGGUCGAAGCGAGUCGCGCGCGCUCCGCUCCCGUGCUCAGGUCCCAUUCAGUCAGUCAGUCAGGUCGCAGGUGUUGUUGUGCGUGCUAGGAAGAGUCGAGCAUUUUGAAGGAAAAUAGCCCCUCGAUGGCCUACCGACUGAGGAGGGCGCCGUUGUUCGGCUACGACGGCAGCCUCUGCCUGGGCAACCCCACCCCCACCCCCACCUACAAGAACACCCCUAUCAAGAAAAAGCUGCCAAUGGAGUGCGGCGUAACGGCGAGCUACACAAACGGCGGUGGUCCGGCGGCGGCCAGCGGCCUCCGUGGAGGCGGCGAUGUGCACAGCGAACGCAGCCCGGCCAAGUCGGGUCUGCACGUCAACUUUUCGGACCAAAGCGAGGUGAAGAAGAGCCGCGAAAAGUUCCUCACGGCCAAGUACGGAUCGCACCAGAUGAGUCUCAUCAGGAAGCGGCUUGCUGUCGAGAUGUGGCUCUACGACGAGCUGCAGAAGCUCUACGACAUCCCCGCGUCCAAGACUGGAAACACCGAGGUCGACGUUGAUUUGGAUCACCUGCUAGACAUGGACGACGACAAUCAAAGAAGAAAACAUUUACAGGAAAUCCUGGUAGAUGCCAAGAAAUCUCCACUGGAUGUCAAGAAAUUCGUGGAGGAUUUGCUGGAGCGCGCCAAAACGCUUUGAGCGCCGACGCAGCGUCGUGGAUAAGAAAAUUUGGCGCGAGAAGAAGGCGGAGGAGCUAAAUUGUGCACGCGAGACGUCUUCUUCUUCUUCAAACGUCCCCCGCCGCGCUCGAUUUGGGCAACAAAAUUUAUCAAGAGAACGAGAGAGCAGAGAGAGAAAGAGAGCAUUUUCCGAGAGCAGCGUACGAGUGUGAUUGCAGCGAAAGUGAAUUAUUUUUUUUUGUCAUUCAUUCGUGCUUUGGACCCAGUUUAGUUGUCUUAGAGUGCUGCGACUUUGGUUCACGACAAACGAAAUCCGCCGCUUCGACAGGGGAUGCACGCAGCCCAGACGGAAAGUAAAUUAAAUAAAUGCAUUCCAAGAGAUGAAUAAUAAUAAUUGCCGCCGCGUGCAUUCUCCGGAACGGCGGAUUUUUAUUUUAACAAAUAAUAAUGCUACAAAACUGUAUACUAAUUUUGUGUCAUUUUCAUUCAUUUUUUUGUAAAUAGACUGACUCUUUUCCUUGUGUACCAACGUUUUUCCAGAAUUCCCCACACACCCCGUUUUUCUACAUCAUAUUAUAUGAUUAACAUUAAAACUGAUCUGAGCAAUAGUACGUUAAUUUUCGCAGUAAACCGUAGUGAUUUCCUUCGAUAUCGGCGUGUGAGAUGAUUUGUGGAGGGAUUUUGUAUUUUGGUAAAGAUGCGAAUAUUUGAUGUGUGCAAUUUGUAAUUUAAUAUCUGUAUCAUGAGAGACAACCAAGCAGACGAGCACUCUGGAAAGAAUUUGUUCAUAUUGUUUCUUAGGGAAAUUGUCAACUACUUUUGUUGUAGUGAUCUCAAACGAAGCAGAAACAAAUAAUGUUUUAUUAAAUGAUACAAAUACAGCGAGUUUUAGGGACUUCAUUUCGGAUUCUGUAGUUGGAACCGAUGUCGGUAGAUGGCGUUGAAAGUAUCAAAUUUCGACCAAUUAAUCAAGACAGUUCUCCUCUCAGAUUUUUCGGUAACGGCAAAAACUUAAAAAUUGUUGGGAUGUUGUUGGAAAUGACGAGUUAUUGUUGUUUGUUAAAAUGGAAACAAAAUUUGGUGACCUAAACGGCGACAGAUAUAUAGUUAGUUGUUUUUCUAAACUCGUGACUUUUUAAAAGAGAGAGAGGAGUGCUUGUGAUUAUAUUGAAUGUGCAUAAUUAAAACAAAACAAAAAUACUAGUUGCUAGAUCGAAGAAAUGCCUCUUUAUGAAGGAUCAACACCAACAAUCAACUCUGCCACUUACGGACAAACGGAGAAACAAAUCAUUUUGACUUCAUAAUCAGGUGCCAAAAACUGCUGUCCCUUUUGAAAUUAAAAUCGCGUGUUUGCACAACUUUCGGCAAGACCCGAGGAAAUUUCUGGCGUUUGUAACCUGGAAAAAUUUCACAGCCAGGUUGAUUUUCUGUUGGAUUAUCGACCUUUGAGCGCACAACACUGGGGUGCGUGUUUUGAGCGAAUGCAGUUUUUCUAUAUGCUUUUGAAACUUAUAUUCCUUUUUUGUUUAAUUCGUAAGGUUUAUUGAUUUUUACUUUUUAAGAUUAUAUAGAAUCAAACAAUGAACACGCAAGGAGUAAUUACUGUGUAAAUGUAUGUCUUUGUGAAGAUUAAAUAUAGAGUGAUGAUAAAUAAUAA